GUCUAUCUCCGGUUCAUUUUGACACAGAAAAUUUGAUUUUCUACGUAUAUGUGAAAUUUGGAAAUAAACAAGCAGAUGUUUUUGAAAUGGAAAUUGUAGUAGUCGUUACAUUAUCUUUUCUGGUAUAUAUCUGUAACGGUAAUGUGUUUGGUCCUAGUACACAAAGUGCUGCGGAGGCGGAUACAACGGAGACGGGAAUACAUUCGGACAUAAAUGUUUUGAAAGACAAUAUGCAUGAGCUACUUAAAAGAGUCUCUAAAAACGAAAACGAAAUUGCAUCGCUAAAAAAAGAAAAUCAGUAUCUGACAAAUGAACUUGAAAACACAAGGCGUCAAUUUCAAUGCGAAAUCAACAUGUUACAUGAAAACUGUAACGGGCAGCAACAACUAUUAAAUGAUACUAAAACGAAGAUUAUGGAUCGUUCGUCUUCAUUUAAAGAAACUAUGAAAGAAUUGAAGAAUCGUGUUGAUAAGUUAGAAAGGGUGGAAAGGAAAAGAUCGGACGAAAACAAAACAGAAUGGAAGGACAAACCAGUUCAAGCGUCAUGUGGUAAUGGUUGGAAAAGGCAUGCAAACAAUUGUUACUACUUCAGUACGUCUUCUGCAAACUGGACUGAAUCCAAGAGAAAUUGUAUGCAAAACAAUAGUAGGCUUGCAGACACAUUAUCAAGAAGUGAGAUCGAUUUUCUUAAGAAUAAUACGGCAAAAUAUAAAAAAAAUUUCUGGCUUGAUGGGACGGAUGAGUCUGAAGAAGGUGUUUGGGUGUGGGCAACAAGUGGACAGAAGUUUACCAUAAAUGAUUGGCAUAGCUCUGAACCUAACAAUUAUGGUGAUGCUGAGAAUUGUUUAAACAUGCAUAAAAACCAUGACUACCAAUGGAAUGAUGCUGGAUGUUCUCAGCGAUUAAGUUACAUUUGUAAAAAGCCAUUGAUGUGAUCUUCGGAGCAAAGAAUUGACAGACGCCGAUAUUUAACUGAUUUGGAUUUAACAUGUUUGUCUACACUCUAAAUUCAAAUCAUUCGGAAUAUACUCUCUGUCUAAGCAAGAAGUCAACCCAAGGGUAUUUUGGGCAGAAACAAUAUAAGAAAAAUUGAGCAAAAAGAGAAAAUCCGAAAAUUGUCACUCUUCUUUUAUACUUGCAGCACAAAAUAAACGACAUAGUAAUACCCAUGAUACAGUUUGAUAUAUCACACCUGUGUUGAUUUUUAAAAUAUUUUCUGCCGACUUGUGGCACAUGCGAAAUACAAGGAUUGUGUUUUAUUUUAAAUCAGUGACUAGUUUAUGUUUUUGUGCAUUUACAAUAUAAAUGCCAAAAAAAAUAUCUUGAUUAUCAAAACAAACAAAUGGGUGCACUCCUAACCUGUACAGCAAGUUAACUUGAUAACCAGUCAUUUGGACUGGUCAAAGUUAACCUGUGACCGAAUAUAGGACUGCUCUUACCAGUCCUAGGACCAAAAUCUAGUUAACUUGGAAAGCGUACUUGGUCCUAGGACUGUUUUUAUGUCUGCCAUAAAGUUAACUUGGAAACAGGUCCGCUAUUGAUAUAAGUUAACUUCGAACCAGUCCUGUAAUAAGUUAACAUAAGUUAACUUGGAAACCGGUCCUGCAACAAAGUUAACUUCUGCUUGGAAAAAUCCUAUCAAAACCAAACCUGUUCCCAAGUUAACUUUUGACUGGUCUGCUCAACACUAAGUUAACUUGUAACCAGAACCGCUCUUCGUUGAUUUAAAAAAAACAUUUUUUAAUAUCUUUGUUUCGUAGUAUAAAAAUCGAAAAUAAAGUAAUUUGAAAAUUAAUACUUCCGUUUUAUGAACAGGAUUAAAUACAAAUAUUUGAAAAUAAGUACGCACAGAACGUAACACAAAUUUAUCUGUCAUCUGACAAUCUAUCUAUUAUAAAAACGAUCUCGGUUACAAUGAUAACAGGCACUAAAUAUAUAUAUAUUCCGAGAUCAAAUUCAAUCAUAUUAUGUAUAUUUUUGAAAAGAAGUAUAUUUGAUGUUAGGUGUAUACGUCCUUGUUAGUUAUACAUCCUUGAACUAUGCAGCCACAAUCAGCAAUAGUUUAAUUCAUUUAAAUAAUGACUACAAAUUUUUAUUCGCCUAAAUUAAGGGUGCCAGCAUGUCCUCUUUUUACUCAAAAUACUGAUACGUAACAAAAUUUCAGUAGUUUUGAUGCCUCCAGUUGACUUGAAUAACACAAUUUUUUGAUCACAUCCACCAAAAACUGACCAUAUAUGCACUUUAAUUUGUAAAUCUAUAUACCCGCAUAGUAAAUCAGCCAUAUUUUUUUAUGUCAGGAUUCAAUGUAUAAUACAAUCAUGGCAAUGGACAGCAAUAUUGCAAUAUAAUAACAACAAAUUUUUGUUCGCAUAAAUUUAGGAUACCAGCAUGUCCUCAUUUUAUUCAAAAUAUUGAUACGUAACAAAAUUUCAGUAGUUUUGAUACCUCCAGUUGACUUGUACAACAAAAUUAUUUGACCGCAUCCACCAAAACUGACCAUAUGUGCACUUUAAUUUGUAAAUCUAUAUACCCGCAUAGUUAAUCAGCCUUAUUUUUAAUGUCAGGAUUCAAUGUAUAAUACAAACAUGACAAUGAACAGCAAUAUUGCAAUAUAAUAACAACUAAUUUUUGUUCACAUAAAUUUAGAAUUCAAGCAUGUCCUCAAUUUAUUCAAAAUAUUGAUAUGUAACAAAAUUUCAGUAGUUUUGAUACCCCCUGCUGACUUGUACAACAAAAUUAUUUGACCGCAUCCACCAAAACUGACCAUAUGUUCACUUUAAUUUGAAAAUCUAUAUACCCGCAUAGUAAAUCAGCCAUUUUUUUAUGUCAGGAUUUAAUGUAUAAUACAAUCAUGACAAUGGAAACUCAUUGAUUUAUUAAUUAUUUAUGUCUUAUAAGUACAUGUAGCAAUUGUCAUGUAUUUCUAAUAGUAUAUAUUUCUGCUUUCGUGGUAUUUCAAUAAAAUCAACACGUUUUCUGUGUUAGGGGACUGUUCACUGUUGCCCCAUUCCCCCCAUUGUGAC